GUUAACGGUGUUUUUCUGUCAGCCUGCAGUGUUUGUACUGUGAGAAAACCUUCCGAGAUAAAACCACUCUGAAGGAUCACAUGAGGAAGAAAGCUCACCGGCGCAUCAACGCCAACAACUGCGAAUACGACCGCUUCUACGUCAUCAACUACCUGGAGCUGGGGAAGACCUGGGAGGAAGUGCAGAGCGAGGAUGACCGAGAGCUGGCAGACGAUGAAGACGACGACUGGUCGGACUGGCGGGCUCAUCCAGUGUCUGCUGUGUGUCUGUUCUGUGAUCAUCAGUCAGAGACGAUGGAUCAGAUCUACACACACAUGAAGGAAGCUCAUGGUUUUGAUCUCCACAAAGUGAGGACAGAACUCAAUCUCAGGUUCUACCAGCAGGUGAAGCUGGUGAACUUCAUCCGGCGGCAGAUCCACCAGAGCCGCUGCUACGGCUGCCAGGAGAAGUUCGCCUCCAGAGAUGACGUCCUCCGUCACAUCGAGGCUGAAGGUCACGUGAUGAAGCUGCCGGACAUGUCGACCUGGAACCAACCACAGUAUUACUUCCCCACGUAUGAGAACGACGCCCUCCUGUGCACACUAUCUGACAGCGAUGAAGAUGAAAGUGACGAGACAAAUCACGGCGAGGACGUCCCGGUUAUCGCCGAGGACAUUUCCAACCUCAGAGCGCUGAAACAGAGCAGCGUCCUCCACCAGCUGCUGAAGACCAGAGACUCCUGCAGAUAGGACGGCAGACAGUUUUGGGAAGUGGGGUGGUUGGACUUCUUCGUUUCUUUCCUUUGGACUGAAUUCUUCCUCUCACCAGACUUGUCGUCCCUGUGUGCAGCAGGGCUGUGAAAAAGUGCUAAUAAACUGAAGUGUUUUUGCUGGA